UGCUGGUGGUGGUCGGAGGGACCAGUGGCGCCAGUGCUCGGCAGCCUCGCCUCUGUCCGUGCGCCCCAGGGCAGCUGUGGCUACAUCGUAGCUCAUCAUCACCAGCGUGUGAAUGGGUGAAUGACUAAUUGUGCUGUAAAGCGCCUUGGGGGGGUUCCAGGACUCUUAGCAGGCGCUAUAUUAAGUACAGGUCAUUUAACCAGUGGCAUCAGUUGGCUUCCAUAGAUAGGUGAGACAUUAAUUCAUUCAUCUCCAUGUUUUAGUAUUAAUUUAGUCACAUUCAGCUCGUGCUUUAAGAGAGAAUGUUCUGUCGUUUAGAGGGUUGAUGACUUUCGGUGGAGACUAACUUAUAAUUGAUCUGUGAUCACUUUAAAUCUGAUUAUUUUCUUUCACCAAAAAAAAAUCAUCAAACUUUUUCUUUGCUUAUUUUUUCUAAUCUUUUAACCAACUUCUAAAGACGGCUCAAAACUUUAAUGAGAAGCGGUUCGUCUGACGGAUCAGAGUGAAAUGAAACGUUUUCCAGAUGAGGAUUUUUUUUUUUAUAAUAAGCUGAAUUUUAGACUUGGGACACGAGUCUUUCAGGAGGACUUGUCCUGAUGAGGACUUGACACAAACCUGGAGGUGAACUUUGCUGCAGGAGGAACCUCCCGGACGGUAAAGGUUAACUGACUGACUGGGACAGGGACAGGCUGCACCCUCAGCUGCGCUCGUGUUAAUGAACCUCUGAGAAAUUAAUGCAGGUGUUCUGCCAACUGCUCACUUUUUGUCUGAUGUCUGUGAAAGUGGACUUUAGCUGGAGCUGGUUCUGUUAAAACCCGGAGUGCUUGAGUUGUAGUGCUCAGUGUGCAGAAGGAGGCUCAGAAUACAAAUCAGCUGUUGGAACUCCACCCUCCUACGCAGCAGCUCCACUCAUGGCUACUUUCGACGACAUCCUGGAGGAAGCCGGGAAGUUCGGCCGCUCUCAGAAGCGGAUCUUUGCCCUGCUGUGUAUGGUGUCCAUGCCAUGGGCCGGCGUGUACGUGGGCAUCGUGUUCCAGGGCUUCACUCCGGACCACUGGUGCCGGAGCGCUGCAGCGGUGGAGCGGAGGGAGGCCUGCAGCUGGAGCCCGGCAGAAAGUCGAAGGCUGACGGCUCCUUUGAUCAACAGCUCUGGAGUUCUGCAGCACAGCAGCUGUGAGCAAUAUGAGGUGGACUGGAACUCAACAGAACCCAGCUGUGACCUGCAGGAACUGGACCUGAGCAGAACUCCCACAAGUGGCUGCAGGGAGGGCUGGGAGUACGACUACAAGGGAAGACAGUCGUUUGUUACUGAGUUUGACCUGGUUUGUUCCGACGGCUGGUUGGUCGACUUGUAUCAGUCCACUCUGAACGUGGGCUUCCUGGUGGGCAGCAUCGCCAUUGGCUACCUGGCCGACAGGUUUGGGAGGAAGCUGAGCUUCCUGAUUUCCUGCGUGCUGAACGGCAUCGCGGGGAUUCUGGUUGCCGUGGCUCCGAACUAUGUGUCCUUGUUGGUUUUCAGGACUCUUUAUGGUUUUGGAGUUAAAGGAGGCUGGGUGGCAGGCUACGUGCUGAUCACUGAGAUUGUCGGGGUGGAGUUCAGGCGGACGGUCGGAGUCGUUUACCAGAUGUUCUUCAGCGUCGGCAUCCUCCUCCUCCCUCUGCUCGCCUACUUCAUCACCGACUGGCGCUGGCUGCAGGUCGCCAUCACCGUUCCCUACAUCGUCUUCCUCUCCUACUACUGGUUCAUCCCAGAAUCUCCACGCUGGCUUCUGUCCCAGAACAAGAGGUCCAAAGCUGUAAAAAUCACCAGAGACAUGGCCAAAGAGAACCAAAGGAGUCUGUCCAAGAAGAUCGAGACUUUAUCGGACGAUAACGCCGACUCCACCACCGCCUCCUUCAUGGACCUGCUCAGAACUCCCAAAAUGAGAAAGCAUACUUUUAUUCUCAGCUUCAACUGGUUCACCAGCGCUGUCGUCUACCAGGGUCUCAUCAUGCGCCUCGGCAUUCUGGGAGGAAACGUCUACAUCGACUUCCUCAUCUCUGGUCUGGUGGAGUUUCCUGCCGCCUUCCUCAUCCUCUUCACCAUCGAGCGCAUCGGCCGACGCCUCCCUUUCGCCACCGCCAACAUCGUUGCCGGGGUCUCCUGCUUCGUCACGGCGUUGAUUCCUGACGACUUGUUCUGGUUCAAGACGGUGGUGGCCUGCGUCGGGCGGCUCGGGAUCACCAUGACCUUUGAGAUGGUUGUGUUUGUCAACACGGAACUCUACCCCACGUUUGUCAGGAACUUCGGCGUGUCGGUGUGUUCCACGCUGUGUGACGUCGGUGGCAUCGUGGCUCCCUUCCUGCUCUACAGACUCGCCGUCAUCUGGCUCGAGCUGCCUCUCAUCAUCUUUGGCAUUUUGGCUUUCCUAGCAGGCGGUUUAGUUCUCCUGCUUCCAGAGACCAAAGGUGUGCCGCUUCCUGACACCAUCGAUGAUAUAGAGUUCCCAGAAAGAGCAAAGCAGAAGAUGGAGCUGAGGAGUCGGCAGCUGGACAACCUCUUGCCCAACCACGUCUCGUCCAACAAAGAUCCUGCUAAUGUCUGAACUCCUGCAGUCGCAGAAGUAUUUAUUUCUGACUGUGAAGAGAUUUAUAUGAGACACUUUUCCCACAUGGGCUGGAUUAAAGCUUCCUGUUUAAAAUGAGGAGUUUCAAAAAAGUUGAAUCUGUUUGCUAAAAUUCAGCUACAUUGUUUUUAUUAUUAUUUUAUUAAAAACGUAUUUCAACUA